GGACGUUGCUGUGUCUUUACUAUUUUUGUCUGCGUGCGCGCUCCUAUCGGGGUUGCGAUAUUUCCGACAUCACCUGAAGGCAGCAACACUAUGCCACUCUGCACCUGAGCCGUUGUGGAGGAGAGGAGCGAGGCUGAGCGUAGCCUUCAGCUUUUACUCUACCGAGCCACCAUGUGUGAUGACUCCAAGCAGCUCUGAACCUCUGAGGGACUGAAGAAGAGCAACAAAGUGACGGAUUCAUACGAACAGAAGCCUCCCUCAUCCGAGAGAUGCACACGAAAUAUAUUUCCCCAGGAUUUAUGUGAAGGGGGAAGUUUGGAGCGACAGCCAGCGGUCGUCCAGCUGGUCUGGUGGUUCUGUGAAGAUCACGGUACGAUAAUGGGGAAGCACUUGGUUCCACUGCUUGUGCUGCUGCUGCAGCUCCUCUGUGGUUGCACAGGGAACCAAAGGAUGGUGAGGGCAGCCUCCAUGCUAUUCACCCACUCUGUUUACAACGCCACCAUAUACGAGAACUCUGCUGCUAAGACUUACUUAGAGAGUCACACCAAGAUGGGGAUCUACAUCACAGACCCAACGUGGGAGAUACGGUACAAAAUCAUCUCUGGAGACAAUGAGAACCUGUUCAAAGCAGAGGACUACCUGCUGGGAGAUUUCAGCUUUCUGCGGAUAAGGACCAAAGGAGGCAGCACUGCCAUUCUGAACCGGGAGGUUAAAGAUCACUACAUUCUGACUGUUAAAGCUUCAGAGAGGGGCACUAAUUUAGAGUGUCGCACCAGAGUUAAGGUGCAGGUACUGGACACCAAUGAUCUGAGGCCUCUCUUCUCACCAACAUCCUACAGCAUCUCUCUGCCAGAGAACACGGCCAUACGCUCCAGUGUGGCCAAGGUCACGGCAACUGAUGCAGACAUCGGUACGAAUGGAGAGUACUACUAUAGCUUCAGAGAGUGGACGGACAUGUUUGCGGUUCAUCCAACGAGCGGCGUGGUGACGCUGACCAGCAAACUCGACUACUCUGAGACGAAGCUGUACGAGUUGGAGAUCCUUGCCGUGGACAGAGGCAUGAAGCUGUACGGCAGCAGCGGUUUCAGCAGCAUGGCCAAGCUUACAGUGAGAGUGGAGCAGGCUAAUGAGCAUGCUCCUGUGAUCACUGCAGUGACCUUAGCCCCCUCUGAUGCUGACCACGACCCCACCUACGCCAUUGUGACGGUGGAGGACAACGACCAUGGACCAAAUGGAGAGAUAGCAUCGCUGAGCAUCGUGGCUGGUGACCCUCUUCAGCAGUUCAAGGCUGUAAGAACCAGCCCUGGGAGCAAGGAGUAUAAAAUCAAAGCGGUGAAAGAUGUAGACUGGGACAGCCAGCCUUUUGGAUACAACCUCACUUUACAGGCAAAGGACAAAGGCAGCCCGCCCCAGUUUUCAUCUACUAAACUGGUGCAUGUCGCUUCUGCACAGUUCAAAGUGGGCCCUCCCAUUUUUGAUGAGGCCAUUUACAGAGUCAAUCUGAGCGAAUUUGCACCUCUUCACACACCUGUCACUAUGGUAACAGCUAUGCCAAAGUAUCCACAUCUAAAAUAUGCUUUUAGACACAAAUCCGACAAGAGCAAAUUUGCCAUCAAUCCAGAUACUGGCCUAAUCAGCACUGCAGGUCCAAUCAAUGCUGAUGCUUCCUCACAGUUUGAGCUAGAUGUGGUCACCAGUGACAAAAAAGCAACAACAAAAGUCAUCGUUGAUGUGAUUGAUGUAAACAACAAUGCACCUGAGUUCCAGCAGACAUCUUACAAGGCCAGCGUUGAUGAGAAUGUGCCCAUAGGGACCAGUGUGAUCACAGUUAAGGCCACUGAUCUCGACAGAGGGGAAAAUGGCUAUGUGACUUACAGUAUCACCAAUCUCAGUCCCCAGCCAUUUGUCAUUGACUAUUUCUCUGGCGUCAUCAGUACCUCGGAGGUCCUAGAUUAUGAGCUUAUGCCCAGGAUUUACAAUAUUAAAGUCAGGGCUUCAGAUUGGGGAUCCCCUUUCAGAAGAGAGGUGGAGGCAUCAGUCACCAUAACACUGAAUAACCUGAAUGACAACAAGCCCUUGUUUGAAAAUGUAGACUGUGAAGUGACCGUGCCAAGAGAUCACGGCGUAGGAGAGCAGAUAACAACGACGUCCGCCAUAGAUGCGGACGAACUGCAGCUAGUACGGUACUAUAUUAAAGCUGGGAACGAUCUUGAUCUGUUUGAACUGAACCCAAACUCUGGCAUGCUUUCACUGAAGCAUACGCUGAGUGAGGGAGAGGCAGCUAAAGUGUCCUUUCAUAGUUUGCAAAUCAUUGCGACCGACGGCGAACACGAGACCCGGCCAAUGAUGAUGAACAUAACUGUCAUCACGGCACGCAAGCCUGUCCAGUUAAAGUGUGUUGAAACUGGUGUCGCUACCAUGUUGGCAGAGAAGCUACUUCAGGGCAGCAAAAUCCACACACAGACCGAGCCAGAUGACAACUUUAUGGACAUUCACUCAGUCAACCGUUACACUCCUCAGUUCGCAGAGUCUUUCCCAAGUGUAAUAGAAGUUAAAGAGGACCUGCCUGUUGGGGCCCGGAUUGUUCAUUUAAGUGCCACAGACUCAGACAGUGGCUUCAAUGGGAAACUAGUGUAUGUUAUCUCAGGAGGAGACGCAGAAAGCCGCUUUAUUGUAGAUAUGGAAACUGGUUGGCUUUUGAUUUACUCUCCUCUUGACCGGGAAACAACAGACCAUUACACACUCAACAUUACAGUUUACGAUCUGGGGAUACCACAGAAAUCCUCAUCGCGCCUCUUGGAUGUUAAAAUCUUAGAUGCUAACGAUAACAGCCCUCAGUUUUUGCAAGACUCUUAUUCAGUUGAAAUAAGCGAGAGUACACCUGUCGGGACAGAAAUUAUCCAGGUGGACUCAACAGACAAGGAUCAAGGUGAUAAUGGAAAUGUCAAGUAUUCCAUUUUGGGAGGAACAGAUCAUUUUGUCAUCAAUGAACUGACCGGUGUGGUGACUGUGACGAAACCGUUGGAUCGUGAACUCCAUCCGGUUCAUGUCUUGAAAAUCACGGCACGUGACCAGGCAGUGCACGAACCUCAGCUAGUGUCCACGGUGCCACUUAAAAUCACCUUGGAAGAUGUGAACGAUAAUCCACCUAAAUUUGUUCCUCCCAAUUACCGCAUCAAGGUGAGGGAAGACCUUCCUAUCGGUACUGUAAUUAUGUGGCUGGAGGCCCAUGACCCCGAUGUUGGACCCUCCAGUCAGGUACGAUACAGCCUUAUUGACAACGGAGAUGACAAGUUCGAGGUAGACAAGCUCAGUGGUGCUCUGCGGAUUGUUCAGAAUCUAGAUUACGAGACCAAACAGGUGUAUAAUCUGACUGCGAAAGCUAAAGACAAGGGGAAGCCCAUAUCUUUGUCAUCAACCUGCUUCAUUGAGGUGGACGUGGUGGAUGUGAAUGAAAAUCUCUACAGGCCAUUGUUCCGAUCGUUUGUGGAAAAGGGAUUUAUAAAAGAGGAUGCACUCAUCGGGACUUCUGUGAUGACUGUAGCAGCUGAGGAUGAAGACAGAGGACGGGAUGGAGAGAUCCGAUACUCCAUACGAGACGGGUCCGGCCUGGGGAUUUUCUCCAUUGAUGAGGAAACUGGUAUCAUUCGAACCCAAGAGCUGCUGGAUCACGAAACCACGCCUCACUACUGGCUGACGGUCUAUGCGAUGGAUCGUGGCGUGGUGCCCCUUUCUGCUUUCGUUGAGGUCUACAUUGAAGUGCUGGAUGUGAACGACAACGCACCACAGACCUCCGAACCUGUCUACUACCCGUCUGUCAUGGAAAACUCCCCUAAAGAUGUGUCCAUCAUCCAGAUCAACGCAGUUGAUCCGGAUGCCAAGUCCAGUGAUAAACUCACCUACAGGAUCACCAGUGGCAAUCCCCAGGGCUUCUUCGCCAUUAACGCCAAGACAGGUCUGGUUACAACCACUUCCAGGAGACUGGACAGAGAGCAGCAAGACGAGCACAUUCUCGAGAUCACCAUCACGGACCACGGCGUUCCGGCUAAAUCCACCACCGUGCGUGUCAUCGUUAAGGUCCUGGAUGAGAACGACAACAGGCCACUGUUCCUGGAGAAAAUCUACAAGAUCCAACUCCCGGAGCGGGAGAGGCCUGAGAGAGAGCGAGCCGCGAAGAGAGACCCGGUGUAUCGGGUGAUCGCAUCGGACCGCGACCAGGGACCAAACGCCGAGAUCUCUUACAGCAUCGAGGAAGGAGACGAACAUGGAAAGUUCUUCAUCGAGCCCAAGACCGGCCUGGUGUCUUCCAAGAAGUUCUCCUCUGCCGGAGAAUACGACAUCCUCACAAUUAAAGCCGUCGACAAUGGACGUCCUCAGAAAUCCUCCUCUUGUCGUCUGCACAUCGAGUGGAUUCCCAAGCCAGAGGUGCCAGCCGAUGCAGCUCCCCUGCUUUUUGAAGAGUUCCCCUUCACCUUUUCUGUAAUGGAAAGCGACCCCGUGGCUCACAUGGUGGGCGUUGUCGCCACCGAAUCAUCUGAUGUUCCCGUGUGGUUUGAAAUCACAGACGGCAUAGAGGAUACUGAGAUGUUUUACAUCCUUCAGAUGGCUUGUGACCACAACUGUACAGCAGAAGGUGGUAAUUAUGACAGCCGCUUUGACGUGGGCAAGGCCAGUGGAACCUUGAUUGUAGCGCGGCCCCUGGACACCGAGCAGAAAUCAAAUUACAACCUGACGGUGGAAGCCACAGAUGGGACACGAACUGUCAGCACCCAGGUACUCAUCCGAGUCAUCGACACCAACAACCACCGGCCUCAGUUCUCUCAGGACGUUUAUACCGUGAACGUCCCCGAAGACAAACCAGCAGGAUCUGAGGUUCUGCAGAUCAGCGCCGUGGACAGAGACGAGAAAAACAAACUGACUUUUACGCUCCUGAGCAGCACCGAUCCAUUCAGCCUGAGGAAGUUCCGACUGGACCCAGGAACUGGCAUUCUGUACACCACCGAGCGACUGGACCACGAGGCGAUGCGUCUUCACGUCCUCACUGUCAUGGUUCGAGACCAGGACAUUCCAGUUAAGAGAAACCUUGUGCGUGUAAUCGUCAACGUGGAUGACACCAACGACAAUGCACCCUGGUUUAUAGGCACACCUUACUCCGGCCGUGUGUUUGAAUCUGCUGCCAUCGGCACGGCUGUGCUCCAGGUCACGGCUCUUGACAAAGACAAGGGCUAUAAUGCAGAGCUGGUCUACAGCAUUGAAUCAGGAAAUGUUGCAAACUCAUUUGCAAUCGACCCCAUUCUUGGGACAGUUACCGUGGCCAAAGAACUUGAUCGCAGCAGCAAGACAGCAUUUGAACUCACCGUUAAGGCAACUGAUGGUGGAAUACCUCCACUGUCAACCACAGCCACUGUAAACAUCAUGGUGACAGUUUCUGAUAAUGCAGCCCCCAAAUUCAUGGAAAAGGAGUUAUCUGCAGAAGUCAGUGAAUCGGCCCAUCCAGGAAGUUUUGUGAGCUUGGUCACAGCUGUCAGUCAGUCAUCUGUUUUCUACCAAAUCAAAAGUGGCAACAUCAACAACGUAUUUGAUAUAAACCCAAACUCAGGGGUGGUUGUGACACAGCAAGCUUUAGAUUAUGAGACCACACCUCAGUACAAGCUCAUCAUACAGGGCACCAACAUGGCUGGACUUGGCAGCAACACGACGCUUAUGAUUCACCUAAAGGAUGAAAAUGACAAUGCUCCAGUCUUUUCACAGAGGGAAUUCAAAGGCGUAAUCAGUGAGUCGGCUCCCAUUAACAGUGUUGUUCUGACCUCUGCAAACACUCCUUUUGUCAUUCAUGCCUCUGAUGCUGAUUGUGACCAGAAUGCUAUGCUUGUUUAUCAAAUCGUUGAACCUUUUGCACAUAACUAUUUUGCCAUUGACUCGAGUACAGGAGUUAUCAGAACCACAACAGCUUUGGAUUAUGAACAGAGGAGUGUUUUCCAAUUCACAGUUCAGGUCCAUGAUCUAGGAAUGCCACGACUGUUUGCAGAGACAGCAGCCAAUGUGACCAUUGAAGUAAUUGAUGUUAAUGACUGCUUGCCUGUUUUUAGCCAAGAACUGUACGAGACAACCGUCAUAGUGCCAACAUACAAAGGGGUAGAAGUCAUUCAAGUCAAUGCUACAGACUCAGACUCUGGGCCUAACUCCAAACUUCUCUUCUCCAUCUCUGAGGGAAAUAUUGGUGAUAAGUUUAAAAUGCAUCCAAUCACAGGCAUGAUCUCUAUUCAGAAUGUCACACAGCUCCGGAGCAGAUAUGAAUUAAAGGUUAGGGUUUCUGAUGGAAGAUUUGCUGCCGUUGCAACCGUGAAGAUCAGUGUGAAGGAAAACAAGGGGAGCAAGCUGAGGUUCACCCAGGAAUCCUACAAAGCCUACAUACCAGAAAAUUCCUCUGAGAAGAAAAACCUAGCCAUCAUUGCUGCUGUUGGGAACCAGGUGAACGAGCCUUUGUUUUAUAAAAUAUUGAACCCUGACAGCAGGUUUGAAAUCAGCCGCACAUCCGGAGUUGUGUCAACCACUGGGAUUCCAUUUGAUCGUGAAGCACAGGACACAUAUGAUAUUGUUGUUGAGGUCACCAGGGAAGACAACUCUGAAGAUGGGGCUCACGUUUUAGUAACUGUGACUGUAGAGGAUGUUAACGACAACAAACCUAUGUUUGUGAACCUUCCCUAUCAUGCUCUGGUCCAGAUGGAUGCAGAGGAAGGCCAGGUCAUUCGACAGGUCAAGGCACUGGACAAAGACAUGGGCCCAAAUGCAGAUAUCCAUUACUACUUGAAGGAACAUCAAGAACACUUUGAAAUUAGUUCAUCUGGUGAAAUCUCACUCAAAAAGAAGUUUGAGAAAGACUCACUCAACACAGACUUUGUCAUAGUUGUCAUGGCAAAGGAUAGUGGAGAACCAGCUCUUUCAGCAGAAGUAGAAGUGCCUGUAACUGUGGUGAACAAAGCAACACCUGUGUUUGAGAAGCCUUUUUACAGCAUAGAAAUCCCUGAAAACAUUCAGUUACACUCCCCUGUGCUUCAUGUGCAGGCCAAUGACUCUGAAGGUCCUCGUAUUGUGUACACCAUUUCUGAGGGAGAUCCUUUCAAACAGUUCUCAAUUGAUUUCAACACAGGUGUUAUUCAUGUGGUUCAGCCUUUGGAUUUUGAGACGCAUCCUGCCUAUAAACUAAACAUAAGAGCCACAGAUUCUCUGACUGGAGCACACUCUGAGGUGUUUGUUGAUAUCAUACUGGAAGAUGUAAACGAUAAUGCCCCUGUGUUCCUGUCAAAGACCUACUAUGCUAAUAUUUCAGAGGCCUCUGUCAUUGGUACAUCUGUUCUGCAGGUUGAUGCCAAAGAUUCUGAUACUGGCAAUAACCAAGAAGUUUUCUUUACGCUGGUGGAGGAAAAGGGGAAGAGUUCAAAUUAUUUUAGCAUCGACCGUGACACAGGAAUCAUCUCUACAGCUCAAGUUCUUGACCAUGAAGAAAUCCAGCAGCACAAGUUAAAAGUCCGAGUAGUGGACGGAGGAGUUCCAGCUCUCUCCAGUGACGUGACUGUGACAAUAGAUGUUACAGACCUGAAUGACAACGCUCCAGUAUUUACAGAGCACACUUACAAAACUACUAUCAGUGAACUGGCUCCACGUGAACACUUCAUCAGCCAAGUCCAGGCAUCUGACGCUGACAGCUCAGACUCCAAUAAGUUGGAAUUCUCAAUUAUAUCUGGAAAUGAAGACCAGAACUUUGCCAUCAACAAACACACCGGUGCCAUCAUCAUUUCCAACCACCGUCGACCACAUAUGCAGCCUGUUUACAAUCUUAACAUAUCAGUGUCAGAUGGUGUAUUCAGAGGCUCAGCUCUUGUCGUGGUAGCUGUUAUUGGUGCCAACUUCCACAACCCCACCUUCUCUCAAGUGGACUAUUUGGUGGAGCUUGUUGAAAACUCACCUGCUGGUACCUUGGUAGCAGAAGCAAAGGCGACAGAUGAUGAUGAAGGCAUUUAUGGACAAAUAACAUACCAGAUUGUCAAUGAUUUUGCAAAAGACAAGUUCUCUAUCAAUGACAAUGGAGAGAUUUUCACUCUGGAGAGUCUUGACCGUGAAAAACCAGAUGAAAAAGUUAUUCCUAUUUCUCUUAUGGCUAAAGACGGUGGUGGAAAAGUAGGCUUUUGUACUGUCAAUGUCAUUGUCACAGAUGCCAAUGACAAUGCUCCACAAUUCAGGGCAGCUGAGUACAAAGCCACUAUUGCGUCAGAUGUCCCAAGGGGAACAUCUGUGGUUAAAAUUGCUGCUUCGGACAUGGAUGAGGGAAGCAACGCUGACAUUGAAUAUUCGCUUGAAGCAGAUGUUGAAAAUGUGGAGGAGAACUUUGAAAUCCACCCAACCACUGGAGUCAUUGUAACCAAAGAAAGCCUCAUUGGACUUGAGAAUGAGCUCUUUGCAUUCUUUGUGAGGGCAAAGGACACUGGGAAUCCAUCCAGACAUUCUGUUGUACAGGUUCACAUCAGGAUUGUCGCAACAGAGGUGCCAAUUCCCAAGUUUGCCGAACCGCACUACCGUUAUACGAUUGCCGAAGACCUUCCCAUUGGCACUGAGAUAGAUGUGAUCCAGGCUGAGAGUGAGCAGCCAGUCCUUUACAAUCUCGUGAAAGGCAACACUCCCGAGAGCAAUGAAGAUGAAGUGUUUGUCAUAGAUAGAGAUAGUGGAGCCUUGAAGCUUCAGAAGAGCCUUGACCACGAGACGACCAAAUGGUACCAGCUCACUCUGCUCGCCCAAACCAAACAUGAGAAUUAUGAGAUCGCUGCAUCUGUCAAUGUAAAUAUUCAGGUGAAGGAUGUUAAUGAUAACAGGCCAGUGUUUGAUUCAGACCCCUAUGAGGCUGUUAUUGUGGAAAACCUUCCAAGCGGAACUGAAGUUAUUCAAGUCAAAGCCAUCGACCACGAUUCUGGCACCAACGGCCACAUUGUUUACAGCCUUGACCCCAAGCAGAGCUCACAGGAGAUCCCUGAGCUGUUUGCUGUUAAUAGUGAAACUGGAUGGGUGACCACCUUAAAGGAGUUGGACCGGGAAAAAAUGAACCAAUACACCAUUGCUGUCCUGGCCACAGACCAGGGUGACAAAGUCCAGCACAUUACUGGCACCAGAGUGGAGGUAGCGGUGGCUGACGUGAACGACAACCCGCCUCACUUCACCGCAGAGAUCUACAAAGGCACCGUCAGUGAAGAUGACCCUCCUCCCAGCGGGGUGAUCGCUAUCCUCAGCACCACUGAUGAUGAUUCUGAAGACAUCAACAAACAAGUGAACUACUUCAUCACAGGAGGUGACCCUCUUGGCCAAUUUGCCAUCGAGCACAUUCAGAACGAAUGGAAGGUCUCUGUCAGGAAGCCUUUGGACCGUGAAGAGAAGGACAAUUAUCUCCUCAACAUUACUGCCAGCGAUGGCAUCUUCACUGCCAAAGCCGUCGUGGAGGUCAAGGUGCUGGAUGCCAAUGACAACAGCCCAGUAUGCGAAAAGUCCUUGUACAGUGAAAGUGUCCCAGAGGACUCCCCUGCUGGCAGGCUCAUCUUGCAGGUCUCUGCCACAGACGCUGACAUCCGCUCAAAUGCCCAGAUCUCUUAUGAGCUCCAGGGAGUUGGAUCAGAAUUGUUCAUCAUUGACUCUGACACAGGGGAGUUGAAGACCUUGCAGCCCCUGGACCGAGAGGACCAAGAUGAGCACAGGUUCAAAGUGCGGGCGGUGGACGGAGGAGGGCGCUACUGCGAAGCCGACAUCCACAUCGCCGUGGAAGAUGUCAACGACAACUUGCCGCAGUUCUCGUCCGAUCCCUACACCAUCACAGUGUUCGAGAACACAGAGACCGGCACAUUUGUGGCAAAAUUGCAGGCAAAUGAUGUUGAUACAGGUCUCAAUAGCGACAUCAUCUACUCACUGGUCGAUUCUGCUGACGGAUUUUUCUCCAUCGACGAGCACACCGGUGUGAUGAGCCUGGAGCGUCCUCUGGACCGCGAGGUGCAGUCGAUGUACGAGCUGAAGGCCCGAGCCAGCGACCAGGGCUCGCCACGUCUGUCCUCGGUGUGCCAGGUGGUGGUUUCAGUCCUGGACAUCAACGACAAUCCGCCGGUGUUCGAGCACCGCGAAUACACAGCUACCGUGUCCGAGGAUGUGGCGGUGGGUACGCAAGUGCUCAGAGUGCAGGCGGCCAGCAGGGACACGGACGCCAAUGGAGAGAUCUCAUACAGCAUUAUCAGCGGGAACGAGCAUGGCAUGUUCAGCGUCGAUCCACGUACUGGUGACAUCUUCGUGAUCGAGCCGCUGGACUAUGAGGUCUCCCAUGAAUACUACAUCACCAUAGAGGCUACAGAUGGCGGAUCCCCACCGCUCAGUGACAUGGCUACCGUGAACAUCAACCUGACGGAUGUGAAUGACAACAGACCCGUCUUCAGCCAGGACAUCUACACGACCGUCAUCAGUGAGGACACUGAACUUGGAAAGACGGUGAUGGCGGUGAUGGCCGAGGACAUUGACGGACCUUCUUACAAUCACGUGCGCUACUCCAUCGUGGACGGUAACCAAGGCAGCCCCUUCACCAUUGAUCCGGUCAGAGGAGAGCUUAAAGUCGCUCGCCAGCUGGACAGAGAGCGAACAUCUGGGUACACUCUCACGGUGGUAGCCUCAGACAACGGGGUGCCCUCUCUCUCCAGCAGCACCGUGAUCAACGUCGACAUCUCAGACGUCAACGAUAACCCGCCUCUUUUCUCCCAGGCCAACUACAGCCUCAUCAUCCAGGAGAACCGACCGAAGGGCACAAGUGUUCUUCAGUUCACCGUGACGGAUCGAGAUGCUUCUCACAACGGCCCGCCUUUCACCUUUGCCAUCAUGAAUGGGAAUGAGGGUGGCGCUUUCCACAUCAACCAGCAGGGAGCUCUGCUGGCCGUGGGGGUGCUGAACAGGAAGAGCAAAGAAAACUACCUGCUCGAAGCACAGGUGUCAGACAGCGGCAAACCUCAGCUCUUUUCCACCGCCUUCAUCAGCGUGCGUAUCAUAGAAGAGAGCGUUUACCCUCCAGCCAUCCUUCCGUUGGACAUUUUUGUCUCCACUGCCGGCGAUGAAUACCCUGGAGGUGUCCUCGGUAAGGUCCACGCCACCGACCAGGACAUCUACGACACUCUCACCUACAGCCUCGCCCCUCCAUCCUCCUCAUCCUCUGACGAGAGCGGUGCCUUGUUUUCCAUUUCGGCCUCCGACGGUAAAGUGAUCGCCCUGCGGCCGCUCGACGUGGGCCACUACCCGCUCAACGUGACAGUGACCGACGGACGCUUCACCACGCCCGCUGACGUCACCGUGCACGUUCGACAAGUAGCUCGUCAGGCCUUGGACAACUCCAUCGCUGUGCGAUUUGCAAACAUCGCCCCGGAGGAGUUUAUUGGGGAUUACUGGCGGAACUUCCAGCGAGCGUUGAGGAACAUCGCCGGGGUUCGGAGGAGUGAGGUCCAGUUGGUGAGCCUGCAGCCUUCAGAGCAAGGAGAUCUGGAUGUCCUGCUGACGCUGGAGAGAUCUGGCAGCCCCUACCAAUCUCAAGAGGUCGUCUUCCGUAAGCUGAACUCCUCUGCGGCUGUGAUUGAGGAGAUGACGGGGGUCCGGAUCGUUCGGGUGGUGCAGAAGUUGUGUGCCGGUCUGGACUGCCCGUUACACUUCUGUGACGAGGUCAUCUCCCUGGAUAAAACCGCCGUGUCCACUUACAGCACGGCCCGACUCAGCUUCGUCACCCCACGACACCUGAGAACCGCAACCUGCCAGUGUGAAGGCAGUAGAUGUCCUGUGGUGAACAACCUGUGUGAGAACAACCACUGUCCCGAGGGUACGGAGUGUGUGGCCGAUCCCAGAGAUAUUGUGUACAGUUGUGUGUGUCCCGAGGGAAAAAAGGGCAAAUGCUCCGACGGCCACUCGCUGACAUUCGGUGGAAACGGUUAUGUGAAAUACCAUCUGAUGGAGAACGAGAACAAGGAGUUGAUGAAACUAUCUCUGAGGCUCCGGACCUUCUCCAGCCACGCCACUGUCAUGUAUGCCAAAGGGACAGACUACAGCAUCCUUGAGAUCGUGAACGGUCGCCUGCAGUACAAGUUUGACUGUGGCAGCGGUCCAGGCCUCGUGUCCGUCCACAGCGCUCAGGUUAACGACGGAGAGUGGCACUCCGUUUCCCUGGAGGUGGACGGUAACUAUGCCAAACUGGUGCUGGACCGGGUGCACGCCGCCUCAGGCACAGCACCGGGCACUCUGCGUACCCUCAACCUUGACAACAGUAUUUACUUCGGCGGUCACGUACGCCAGCACGGCUCGGCACGGCACGGUCGCAGCCUCCCCGUCACCAACGGGCUCCGCGGCUGCAUGGAGGCCAUCACCCUGAACGGCCAGGAGCUGCCUCUCAACACCAGAGCUCACCGAGUCCACGCUGUGCUGGAGGACAUCGUGGACGUGGCUCCGGGCUGCGUGCUCGCAUCUGUUGAGAGUUGUUCCAGCAACCCCUGCACCAACGGAGGGAGCUGCACAUCGCUGCCUAAUGGAGGUUACUUCUGUAAGUGUCCAGCCUCUUUCAUGGGCACACAUUGUGAGAUUACAAUAAGUCCUUGUGCCUCCAACCCCUGUCUGUAUGGAGGAACCUGUGUACCUCGAGCAGAUGACUUCUACUGCCAGUGCAGAGGGCAGUACUCAGGACAAAGGUGCCAGCUGGGGCCGUACUGCAGAGACAACCCCUGUAAGAACAGUGGAAAGUGUAUUGACAGUCUGGAUGGUCCAGUGUGUGAGUGUGAAGCCGGCUUCCAGGGAGACAGGUGUCUGAGUGAUGUCGACGAGUGCAUCAAGAACCCGUGCUCCAACGGAGGCCAGUGCCAGAACACUUACGGCUCCUAUAAGUGCAACUGCUCGCUGGGUUUCAGUGGACAGAUGUGUGAACUCCGUGCUGCGGUCACUAAUGAGUUUGUCUCCACCUCCUGGAACAUCGGCUUGGAGGAGGUGAUUGGCAUCGUGGCGUUUGUGUCCAUCAUCUUCAUACUGGUUCUCUUCUUCAUCAUCAUCCGCAAGAAGGCCUGUCGCAGCAAGUCAAAGGACGACGAGGACAAACAUACCGGAGGUUCCAACGUGCCUCACUCCUUCCUCCAGAGGCCUUUCUUUGACGCCAAACUUAACAAAAACAUCUACUCAGACAUCCCUCCUCAGGUUCCCGUGCGACCCAUCUCCUACACUCCCAGCAUUCCCAGCGACUCGCGGAACAACUUGGACAGGAACUCGUUCGAGGGCUCGGCCAUCCCAGAGCAUCCUGAGUUCAGCACCUUCAACCCGGAUUCCGUGCACGGACACCGCAAGACCGUGGCCGUGUGCAGCGUAGCACCCAACCUGCCUCCUCCACCUCCAUCCAACUCCGUCUCAGACAGUGACUCCAUCCAGAAGCCAAACUGGGACUAUGACUAUGACACUAAAGUGGUGGAUUUGGACCCGUGCCUGACCAAGAAGCCUGUGGAGGACAGCGCCUGCCACCCCUACAACACCAGAGGCAGCAUGUCUGAGGUCCAUUCCCUCAGCUCCUUCCAGUCAGAGUCCUGCGACGAUAACGAGUCUUUUUUGGCUCAUGAUCUCAAGAACCCAAGAGGAUAUCACUGGGACACAUCUGAUUGGAUGCCAAGUGUUCAACUUCCUGGAAUCCAGGAGUUUCCACAGUAUGAGGUUGUGGAGUCACCCGCCCCUCUGUACAGUGACCCGAGUGCCAUCGACACCGACUAUUAUCCAGGCGGCUUUGACAUUGAGAGCGAUUUCCCUCCGCCGCCAGAGGACUUCCCAACAAACGACGACCUCCCGCCGCCGCCUUUGCCAGAAUACAGCGACCGCUGCGACACACUGCGGCCCCUCGGCAGAGACUUGGACCCGUCAGUGGGCGGUCCGGGCAGCAGCGUCCGCCAGCGCCCAGCCCUGCCCCAGCUCUACAGCCUUAACCAGUAUCUGCCGCAGCACUCCUACCCAAGUGACGGAGGCGACACCGAGGGCCAGGGUACCUCCUCCACCUCCGCCACCGUUACCCCAGCCUCCACCAUGGGCACCGGCGGGUACAGAGGGGGCUACCCUUUGGGCUGUAGUCGGGACUUUGACUCCUCAGCUCUGGACAACAUGUCCAUGUCUCUGUACACAUCCACAGCCUCUUGCUCGGACAUGUCGGCGUGCUGCGAGGAGUCCGAGGUGAUGAUCAGCGACUACGAGAGCGGAGACGAGGGCCACUUCGAGCAGCUGGCCAUCCCGGCGCUGGACUCCCAACAGCACACUGAAGUCUGACACUGGAUCCAAACAAAAGUGCCUGAACCCACAGCUACACCUUACGCUAGCCCUCGACACACCACUCACACCAAACACGCACAGUAUGUGGACACAUAAAGCAACACCACACACAUACAUGCACACUGACACAAACAAAGAAUCUGAUUAAAAACAGGAGUUGUUGAGACUGGUUGUGAGGGCCAUUCGGCUGAGAAGAUCUGAAGAAGCUACAGCAGCAGCUGGAGCCUCUUUGCAUCUGCUCAGUCCAACUCCUGCCCCUUUGAGUUGGCGGUGCCAUUGCUUUAAGUAGCUGUCAUCAUACACAGGAUGUGGAUUGUCUAAAGGAUCAACAUUUCAAUGUACAACAGGAAAAGCAUCAUGAAAAAAAAAUUUCAUGAAAAUAUCUUUGUUUCUAUAAACAAACCAAGCAAAAUGAUUUUAUACAAGUCCUCAAUGUAAAUUUAAAUGUACAGUUUUGAUUUCAAAGUUUACUAGGUUUUGUAGAUAUUCUAUGCUUUUAUUUUCAACAAAAAAAGAGUUAAAUGGUGUGACAUUAUCAGCCUUACUGUGCUUACAUUCACUGAUAAAAUAAAAAAAAGAGAAGAGCGUGGCUUUUCUGAACACAGUGUACUCGUAAAAGUUUAUUGUCUCUUGCUCAUUUCAAAAAGGGUCUUCAAUGAACGACUGCAUAUUCUUGUGUUGUUUUUUUUUAUUUGUUUGUUUGUACAUUUUGACUUUGGAACCUCUUUAUUUUUCCACCAAGAAAAUGGGACCCAAUAUAUUUAUAGUGCAGAGUUAUCCAUGGACACGUGACUUUUUCAGGUGUCUAUGUGCGUCUGAGCAGUGCUAUGGUCUUGUUAAGGUUUUUAUUGAAUACUGCCACAAGCUCACGCUUUCCUACUGGCAAUAAAUUAUUCCUAAAAAAUA